CGCGGCAAACAGUUGCAAAAUGCGUUGAUAAAAGGAAAAUGAUAAAAUCAAUCGUUAAACGCGACAUUUUGUAAUAAUAAUAACUUGGUGCUAUAAUAAUUGCAUAUUCAUCAUACGCCGCGUGUGCCUAGAAAGCUAAAAUACAUUCGCAAUGGCGGCAAUGCAGUCAGCCAGCAGUCGACCCCGCGAGCGCCUGCUUUACGCCUUUCGUGGUUGGAUAGCAUUUGUUGCUUUUAUGGAUCUGGGCACAGCGUUUCGCAGCUAUAUCGAGCGGCGAAGUUUUCUGGGCGAUCACAGCGAUACGCAGUUCAUCGAGGGUGAUUAUACUAUAUCUCGUAUAAUCGGCAUGUACUGUCUUCUAAAGGCAAUCGCAUUGGUUCACUGUACUCUGUAUAUACACUACAGGCCCGUUGUCAGCAUGGGCGGCUGUUCGUUGGCACUUACCAUGGUCUUCUAUGCCACCGAAGCACUCUACUUUCGUUCGAGCACUUUGAACUUUUACGUUAUCUUCCCUUGCGUCUUGAAUACAAUUACUCUACUGGGUCUGAUAUACAUACCAAAAAGACUUCGCCUCUGGGAGCCCAAUUUGGACAUGGAUGAUGAGAACUCGCAAUUAUUGAGGCAAAUGACUGGCUAUAAAAGACGUCGUGCGAAAAAGCAAUAAUUUUAUAUUUAAAAAAAAAAACAACGAAGCAACAGAUACAAUUACAGUUUGGAUUGAGAAAAUUGAGAAUGAGUUAUAGAACGACACAAAAUCAGAUGUUGAAAGGCAUAUUAUCCGAUAUGGACUGCAUCGAUGUGAUCAUAAACAUCAAACAAUACUUAAUUAUAUAGCAAUACUAACCGAAGCCAAAUUAGUGAUUUUCUAUAUAUAGAACAAAGCAGAAAUACUCUGCGUACAUAAGUCAAUUGCUGACAUAAUCACAUAAAAACAUUUUGUACUUCCUUUUUAGAAUUCAUACUCAUAUUAUUAUCCAUGUUAGAGUUUAUUGCACUUUUAAUAUAUAUAUAAUUAGGUAAUGCCAUUAUAUGAAUAAGUUGACAAGUUAACGUUAAGCAAAUUGAACAUUUGACUCAAGAAAAAUGGCUUUAAAUUUACAAUCACGUUUAUAAUCAAACAUUUAUAGUAUUAUAUGGAAUUUUUCCAUUAGAUUCACAAAUAGUUAAUUGCAAUAUUUGCACGUUUAAAAAUUUAUAUCCAACGAUCAUAUACACACAUAUGUAGCAAAGAUGCUUUGUAUCAAACGUACACCAAUAUUUAUUUAAAACAUAUAUAAACAAUAAUAGAUUUAGCAACUGUACGGUUAAUCCUUAUAUAUUCAAUAAAAAGUGAAGUUACUAAA